CUGAUAUAAAUCGAAGGAGCAUUAAAAACAUAGAAGCAGGUGUUUCGUUCUAGUGUGAGACUCUUCAGCAGUGUGCACCUGAAACUCCAUGAAGGGUCGAACUGACGACUAUUAGGCUGGAAUCCAAUCAAUUUGGUGUAUUGUAAAUCCUAAUUAACUUCUUAGUUUGUCAGUUUACGGGAUUAAAAUCAUUUCUUUCUAAUAAAAUACUCUUUCUUUUUCUAGUUAGUUAUGACUGAAAAGAAGAUAACACAACGAAACAAACUACUAUUAGGUGUUACUGGUAGUGUGGCAGCAAUUAAAAUACCCUGUCUUAUAGAAAAAUUACAAGAAAUCGGUUUUGAAAUUCGUCUAGUUAUUACAUCGAAUGCAGUCAACUUUAUUUCAAUAAGCAGCUUAACAGUACCAGUGUAUCAAGAUGAAAAUGAAUGGUCAGAUUGGCGGGAAUACAAAAACUCUGUCCUGCAUAUUCAGUUAAGAAAUUGGGCAGAUGUACUAUUGCUAGCUCCAUUGAGUGCAAAUAGUUUAGCUAAAAUGGCGUAUGGAUUAGCAGAUAACUUGUUGACAACAAUUACACGUGCUUGGUGGUUCCCAAAUGAAGAUAUCAGUCCUAAUAGUAAUAGUUAUGGUGAAUCAAUGAAACCAGUAUACUUUGCGCCAGCAAUGAAUACUUCAAUGUGGCAACAUCCAUUCACUUAUGAACAUAUUGAAAGAUUAACUGAAAAACUUCAUUGGAAGUGUAUACAUCCUAUUCAGAAGAAAUUGUUCUGUGGAGAGAUUGGUGUAGGAGCUAUGGCAGAAGUUGAAGAUAUUGUCAACUGUUUAAAAUCUGCACUUUUGUGAUCAUAUAUUUUAAUUAUAUACUAUAAUAUUACAGAUGUAUUGAUUGU